AUGACCCCACCCCCUGUGAACUCGCCUCCCCCCUUGAUGAACCAUCAGCCGGAAGAACUCUCACCAUUCUACCCUCCCCCAAAUCUCACCUCUGAACCAGCCCCCACCAGCACAGUAUCACCUGGAGAAGACGGAACACACUCAAUACACACACCCCCACCCCUGCAAAACCAGCAACCCCCCAAUGUCACAGCUGAACAGGUCACAAUCACACUUAAGAGGCUCAAAGUUAAGGCAUCUGGCCCUGAUGUACUCUACCAAGGCCUAGCCAAGUUACAGCAGUCAGCUCGUUGUCUGUUCACGGGGGCACAGACACCUGCUAGCCGUCAUCAGUCUGCCAAGCGCCAGCGCCACACCUCAGGCAGGCUGGCUCAGGCAGCGGUUAGCAGGCAUCAUCGGAAGCCAACAGAGGACCCUGGUCGUCGAGCAGUCAGCUCAGCCAGCAGCCCAGCUGACAGCUCCAACUGGCGGUUCCCUCUUCGACAGCUUCACCACUCGUCUUCGGCUCAGGUUGUGCGUCGCAACAUCAGCACCAGUGGCAGGAAGGAGCCACGACGCACACCUGCCAGAGCCCGUCAUGGGGCGGCCACGGUCAGCGCCGCCAUCAAGAGUCAUUCCCCGAGUGUCCACCCCAGGUCAGCAGUUCCACACAGCUGUGUGGAGGAGCAGCAGGAGCAGCUUCACCAGCAUCACCCUUCAUCAGCAUCGGAGCCUCACCGGUCCAGUCGUCGUGGGCAGAUGGGGCGGCCCAGACACAGGACUUGUGACUCUAGUCAUCACUCACCCCACACACCAGGAGCUUGUGGCAGUUGACAGCACGGCCUAGGUCUGGGACCAGAUCACACGCCACCUGUCGUCUGACCCAUCAGCCUCCCAUCCUUUGACCUCACCACCAGUUUUCAACUUUGUUCCACAAAGUUGGGGGCGGCUGUUAAGAAUUGUGGGCCCUGAGUCCCCUGAGCCCUCAAAAGUCAGGCCUCUGCUCACUGUCCUUAGCAAGCUGCCCAUCCCCCGUUGCUGGUGGGCUACCUGUCCCCCCUCCCUCUACUGCUCUGCUCUCUCUGCUUGACCUGUACACCGGUGAUUUUCCACUCCUGGCCCUUGACUGUGUUGCUAGGGCCCCCCGGCAACAGGCACACCCCCUGGCUCGGCACCCCGCUGUGCUGCCGUGUGCAUAUAGGGCCAGGACAGAGGUCAGACCUCAGACCACUGUUCGGACGGGGAAUCUAUGGGACCCAACUCUCUCUCUCUGCUCUUGGACGUAUCGGGGUCCCAGCGUCCACUCGUGUACUCUUUGCUUGCCGUGCGUCUCUGAGAUAAAACCACGGUUUCACUUCUACAUCUGUGUGUGUCUGACUUCAUUGGACAUCUUCAUACUGUUCUGGCCGGACAGCCUGUGGUGUUUGUUGUUA